AUGCAACCCAAGGUCAAUCGCAACAAGAAGUCUUUGGGUGUGUCAUUCCAGCAUCCAGAGGGUGCUGAGAUCAUUCGCGAGCUGGCAAAAGACGCCGACGUGUUUGUGGAGAACUUUUUGGCCGGGACAUUGAAGAAAUAUGGAUUGGACUUCGCGACUCUGCAGAAGACGAACCCACGCCUGAUAUACGCCAGCAUCACCGGCUACGGUCAGUACGGGCCAUACAGUGACCGGGCUGGAUAUGACGUGAUGGUGGAAGCAGAGAUGGGAUUGAUGCACAUCACCGGUACGAGAGAUGGACCACCAGUUAAAGUCGGCUGUGCAGUCACGGAUUUGACCACGGGCAUGUACGCUUGCAACAGCAUCAUGGCGGCGCUUCUCGAGCGACACAACUCGAACCAAGGUCAACAUCUGGACGUGUGUCUGAGCGAUUGUCAGGUCGCCACGUUAUCGAAUAUGGCUGAAGCCGUCCUGAUAUCGAGAAAGAGGGAUAGUGGCAGAUGGGGUACCGCACAUCCUUCUGUAGUACCGUAUCGAGCCUUCCGGACAUCCGACGGGGAUGUUCUCUUCGGAGGCGGCAACGAUCGACUCUUCGGAAUCUUAUGCGCAGGGCUAGGCAAGCAGGAAUGGGCCAAUGAUGAGCGGUUCGCCACAAAUGCUGCGCGAGUUGCAAACCGAGGCGUCUUGGAACCAGCCAUUGAGAAGAUCACGACGCAGAAAACGACGCAAGAGUGGUUGGAUAUCUUCGAAGGCACUGGUCUUCCGUACGCCAAAGUCAAUGAUUUGAUGGACACGCUCAAUCACACACAUGUCCGAGCGCGAAAUAUGGUUGUUUCGGUAGAUCACCCGAGCUGCGGUGAGAUGGAGCUGGUCAAUACGCCGAUCAAAUAUUCGCGAUCUAAACCUUCGAUACGAACACCGCCACCCCUACUUGGACAGCACACGGAUGAGAUACUCACUGCAAGACUGGGCUUUGACUCUCAAAAGAUCCAUGAGUUGAGAGCCCAAGGUGCAGUUGGGUGA